ACAAAUACGCUGUAACAAUGCUGUGGUUACUUUUUGGUGUAACGUUAGUAUUAGGGGAGGGUGUAGUGGAGGAAAAUUCAAAUAUAGUGGUCAUCAAACAAGGUCCUGUAAGAGGAUACAAAGUGGCUGGUACAAAUGUGUUUGCUUACCACAAUAUUCCAUAUGCGACAGCACCAACAGGGCCAAACAAAUUUAAGGCUCCUUUGCCGCCACCAGAAUGGACUGAGGUUUAUGAUGCAAUUGAUAAGCAAGUCACUUGUCCCCAAAGUUGGCCAACUGUGAAUCCCAAAGAGGAUUGUCUUAUUGCCAGUGUUUUCGCUCCUGAAAAUCGAACGAACUUACCAGUUUUGGUAUACGUUCAUGGAGGAGCAUUUCAGAUAGGUUCUGGCAAUUAUGCAACUAAAUUUGGUAUUAACAGUAUUUCUGAGUUAAUUGUAGUCAACUUCAAUUAUCGUCUAGGGGUACACGGUUUCUUGUGCUUGGGUACAAAGGAAGCCCCAGGAAAUGCUGGUAUGAAAGAUCAACUAGCACUUUUACGAUGGGUCCAUGAUAAUAUCGCUGCAUUUGGUGGCAAUGCUGAUGAUGUAACUAUUAUGGGUUGUAGCGCGGGAGGCGCAUCUGUUGAUCUGUUAAGACUUGCAAGUGUUACGGAGGGUCUGUUUAAGAAAGUUAUAGCAGAAAGCGGUGCAAAUGCAGGCGCGUUUGGCAUACAGCACAACCCGAUAGAAAACGCCAAAUAUUAUGCAAAAGCCCUGGGUUUUGAAAAUAUUGACGAUUUAAGCGCAUUGUCCAAUUUCUACACCUCUGCUUCUUUGGAAACUUUAUUCUCGAGAUCAGAUUUGGUUAGCAAUAGGCCUGAUUCGAGUGUUAUUUUUGCGCCAUGUGUGGAGAAAGAUAUUGGUAUAGAAAUGUUUCUCGACGAUGCUCCAGUGAAUAUAUUAAAAAGCGGUUCAAAUAAUGCGCACCCCGUAUUAUAUGGCUUUGCUAAUUUAGAAGGCGUAAUGCGACUUGGACACUUCCAAAACUGGAGCAUGAGAAUGAAUGAAAACUUUUCAGAAUUUUUGCCAGCUGAUUUAGCUUUUGAAAAUGUAGAAGAAAAAGAGGCUGUAGCGAAGCGAGUCAAAGAAUUUUAUUUCGGAGAUAAGCCCGUAUCCCCAGAUACAAUUCAAGCUUACGUUGAUUAUUUCUCGGAUACAUUAUUUGUCUACUCAAUACUAAGAUCAGUGAAAUUAAGUACUGAAUCUGGAAAUAACAGCACGAUAUAUUUGUAUGAAUAUUCAUUUGCCGAUAUUAAUUCAAUAGCAUUACCUGGCGGUAUGACUGGAGCACUUCACUGUGAUCAAAUACAAGCUUCAUUUGAUAGAAAUGAAAUCUUUUUCACAGAAGAACGAAGAAACAUUAUGGCUAAAAUGAGAAGAAUGUACAGUGACUUUAUUACAACCGGGAGCCCAGUCUCUGAAGAUUCUUUACUGCCGCCGUGGAGUCCGACAAACGCUAACAGAGAUCCUUACAUGGCUAUGGGAGUGAACAUAUCAGUUCAAGGGCCGCUGUAUGAGGAACGCGCUAAUCUCUGGGAUGACAUAUACGGGAAGUACUACCGCGCACCCAUCCCACCUGGAAAUUCUGCUAAGAUUCUUAGCAUCAACAAACUAUUAUGGAUAAUGUAUAUUAUAGUUUUAAUACCUAAUUUGAGUGUGUUGCUGAGGAAAGCAACCAUAACUAUUUAAUUUAUUUUAAACAUAGUUCUUUUGAUAUUUUAAGAAUCAAGAAUAGAGUGUAUUAGAGAGAUCUUAGUCAAAAAAUUUUAUUGAAUGAUGUAACGUUUAAAGUCACAAUCAUUUUUGGAACGAAUGAUGAUUUGAAUGAUCAAGAAUCAUGUAAAAACUUUACAGCUUAAUCUUUUCAUCUAACGCUUGUCUUAGACCAUCAAAGCCAUAUAAAGCCUAAUUAACAAUAUCUUUCAAAAAACGUCGCGAUAGCAAUUGCUUUUUUAACUUUACGUUGUAGCGUCAAGUUCGUCAAUAUCUUUUAAUUUUCAAAUUAAAAAGGUAUUGCGAUUUAUUUUAAAAUAAGACAUGUAGGUUUCUCUUCAUCAAAAUAUUGCGUCUAUUUCUGUAUGUAUACUGAGCAAUGUCCUUAGAACGUGUAUUGCGUUAUUUUUAAGUAUUUAUUUAGUAUUAACUUUAAAAUCAAAAAAAUAAUUGGCAUAUUAAUGAUAUAUUUUAUAAGCUAUGGAUACUUAAUCUAUGAAAGAUUAAUUGACGUGAUAUACUUAUCAAUAUAAUUCAUUAUAAUAAGCUUCGUAUCAUUGAAGUAUAAAUAAUAAGCCAUAUCAAAAUAUUUCUUUGGAUUAAUUAUAUUUUCAAAACAUGAAAUUCUUUUUUAUAGAAUCGUCAUUUGUGUAUUAGCUAGUGAUAUGUUUUCAACGCAUUAGAUCAUUUUUCGUCGUCAUGGAUGAAACAGUUCUCUAAAU